AUGGACGGCGCCAACGAGGACAGCAUCGGCCUCUACAUCCAGCUGGUCACCAGGGGCGCCAGGGCGACGGCCGCGUUCCACUUCAGCCUCCUCGACCCCACGGCCAGCCUGCCGCCGCUGCCGCUCUGCGUGCUGGACGAUGCCCCGGGCACCGGGUACCUCACGCGGGACGGCAUGCUCGUCGAGUGCACUGUCACCGUCGUCGUACCGCCGCCGGAGUCAGCCGCCGCCGCUGGCGAGAGCGGCCGCGCCGCCCAGCUGGCCGCCCAGCCGACGGCGGCAGUGCCGCCCUCGGACAUGAUGGACCAACUCCGGGACAUGUACGCGAGCGGGCACGGCACUGACGUCACCUUCUCGGUCGGCGGGGAGCUCCUCCGCGCUCACCGGAUCAUCGUGGCGAUGCGGUCGCCGGUCUUCAGAGCGGAGCUCUACGAGGAGAUGGCGGAGAGCAGAGCGCACCGCGUCGAGGUGCACGGCGUGCGGCCCGACGCCUUCAAGGCCCUCCUGCGUUACAUCUACACGGACGACGACACCUUCACCACCUCGCCCGCUGCCGCCGCCGCCGCAUCCGGCGGUGAAGACGGCGACGGCGGCGGAGAGGCGACGACGACGGCGAUCCAGGACGUGCUCGUCGCCGUGGACCGGUACGGCGUUGAGAGGCUGAAGCUCAUCUGCGAGCACCGGCUCCGCGAGGCGCUCGGCGUGGGGAACGUGGCGCGGAUGCUGGCCUUCGCGGAGGACCACCACUGCGCCGUGCUCCGGGAGGCUUGCAUCCGGUUCAUCGCCACUUGCGAUCGGAUGGGCGACUUGGUGGCAACACUGGGUGAUGCGCAGCUCGUGAGCACCCGUCCUCUGAUUUUAAUUGAAGUAUUGGAGAAGUCGCACAAGUUUCGCAGCGUGUAG